AUGCCGCGUGCGACGGUCAUGUCGGGGAGCAUUCGCCGCACCGGCGGAAGCGUUGGCUCGAAGGCAUUCCUCCCGCGCGUAAUCACGGCGGCGCCGGACUACACCGCCUACCCGUCCGACGUAUCCAAGUACCUGAAGGAUGUUAUUCGCCGCCGUGAAGAGGCCCUGAUGUUCAAGUUGUUGCCCACUGCCCAGCUGAUGGACCAGGCGGUGCUGCAGGCGCAGUCAGCCUACGAGCUGAUUGUGCAGCAGGAGGCGUUCGAGUUUCUCCAGAUCUGCCACAAGCGCAAGGAGGUGGAGGCGAAGCGCAGGGAGCAGGAGUGCGCGAAGAUGAAUAAGGAGAAGAUGGAGGAGCAGAAAAGGCAGCACAAGGAGGAGAUGGCGCAGAAGAGGUACGACGUGGCUGCGAUGGCGAAGCAGACGGAGACGGAGAUCAGGGAAAAACUGAAGACGCUCAUGUCGCUGCAGCCGAAGUUGAACAUGGUGGCGGCCGUCAUGGCCCAACUGCAGGACCCGGCGAGCGACUGCGCGCUUGUGGGGGCACUCAUGAUGGAGGAAAAGCAGCUGCAGAAAGCCCUCAAAAGUGAUGCGCGGUACAGCAAGUCGAAGACAGCGGAAACGGACGGUGGCGCAGUGCCGUACUGGUGGAAGCAGUGCGUGUGCUCCUCCUUUAACGUCUCAGCCAUGCUGAGGCAGGAGCCGCACCGCGCUAGCAUCGUCGAUGUGUCCUUUGCCACCAAGACGGUCGCCGACAAGAAGGUCAUUGUCGUGAAGGAUGGGGAGGGCAACAUCGUGGCGUGGGCGCACACCCGCAGCGGCCCAGACCCGAACGCCCUGGCGGAGGCCUACCUGGCUGCGAAGCCGGAGGUUCCUGAGCUCCCAGUGAAAGCCUACAGAGGCGUGUUGUGGCCCAAGGAGGAUGCCGCGGACGUGAUGCGCAAAGCGAAGGCUGCCAAGAGCCCAACCGCCGACAUUCUCCCCGAGGUGAUCACGGUUCUCAGCUACAACGAGAUGAGUUCGUCCGAGAUGUCAAAGAAGGACGUUGCCGUGGUGGGUGAAGCGACUUCAUAG